AUGUUCGGUGAGAAGUACGACGCCGACUUUACACGUGCUGGUACGGCGAGAACGAGACUGGAACACGGGGGGCCUGAUAAAUAUAAGGGAACGAAUACGGUAUUCCCGAAUGGAUCGUAUGAUCCAUGGCGAUCGUUAGGUUAUGCGAAGAAUCAGACUGGCGAUGUUUGGGCAUUCCAAAUUAAAGGUACUGCGCACUGUGCAGAUAUGUAUCCCUCAAGUCCGCACGAUAAACAGUCGUUAAUUGAUGCGAGAUUGUUCAUUGGCGAACAAGUUGAUAAAUACAUUGCUGAGUCUUUAGCAACGUCGUCUGCACCUCCACUGACGUCGUUCAUCAGCUACAUUCAAAUUUUUGCAUUCAUGCAUUAUCAAUACAAUCCAAAGUUUUACAAUGGAAGUGGACUGAUAUUUUUGUUNUUGUUGGUUGGCGGUGCAUCGAAGAUCGAUGUGGAAUGGAUUGCUGAUUACAGCCGUCCGUAUAUGCUUUGGGCCAAGAAACAUGGAGCUGCCGUAUUCCAAGUUGAACAUCGCUUCUAUGGAGAGAGUCAUCCACUACCUAAUGCGAUAUUUGAUGACUAUGAUAAUCCUAAUACCCUCACAGUCGAUCAAGCACUCGCCGAUAUACGCUUUUUCAUUAAGACCAUGAAUAGGAUGUAUUUCCCGAGCAUUACAAAACCAAGAUGGUUGCUCUUUGGCGGAUCAUAUGCAGGAGUGUUAGCAGCGUGGUUCAGAGAGAAGAAUCCAGACAUAACAAUUGGAGCGAUUUCAUCAUCAAGCCCUGUUGAUACCAUCAUGGAUUUCUGGCGUUUGUUUCGAUUGAUUUUGGGUUAUAAUAAGUAUGUGGGAGAUGCAUAUUUAGUUGCAAAUACAUCGUGUUAUUCGAAUAUACGUUCAGCAUUUUAUGAAAUCCAUGAAAAAGUAUUCACAAUCAAAGGAAGAGAAGAACUGGUUGAAAAACUUGAGUGA